UCGCCAUGAAUGACAUUCUCGUCCGUACACAAGAAACGUCAUUCUCUGCUCAUUGAUGCAUAUUCGUGUGUUGUGUCAAAUGUCGUGUCGUCGUGUUCUAGAUGACAAGAAGAAUUGUUAGGUUUUUGGUUAUUCCGUGAGUUCGCGAACGGGAGGAUCGCUUUCUCGAGAGUUUCCUGUUAUUCCGCGUUUCCGCGCCGCGUAGUUUCCAGUGCAUUUCGUCAAAUAAGCCGCGAGUGUUGUUUGUGAGUCAUUUCGAGUCCGCAGUGUUCCGAUUCGCCGAAAAUCGAUCGAAAACAUAACCAGAAAAACCAGUCAGUCUUUUGUUUUCUCUUGCGCUGCUCCUGCGAGCGAAAGUACGUCACGGAAUCCACAAAUCCUGCGAGCGGCGGGGCCGUUUGUUUUCUUUUCAUGCUCGUGACGUAAAGACAACUUCUUGGAGUCGUCGUGGCUUCUUGAAUCGUUCAUGCGCCCACGGGGUAUUUCCCCCACUUUGCCGCCCCUUUCGCAUAUGUACUAUUGAUAGAACCAUUGAGUUUCUGGUCGUGAAAGCGAAAAAAAGGAGCCUGAACCUGAUUUACGAGUGUCCGUCUUCGGAGCCGUUUGAUUCGUCGUCGCGAGUGAAAGAAGUCUUCGUCGCGGACUUCUGUGUGCCGAGGAAGCGGAGCGAUAAGUGCGCGCGGGUCCCCAAGCAGAAAGUGCCCGCUAGCUACUGCCGCCGAAUAAAAAGCAAAGCGAGCAUACCAGCGCCUGCAUUAGAACAAUGAAGUCACCGCUGGCGGUUCUGUGGUUGACGGUGCUGGUCGCGAUCCUCGCGUGGUCCCCAUCGCGGACAACGGUCACCGGAAAGACCAUCGUUAAGGAGGAUGAAUCCUUUAUCGAGAACGCGCACUACCAUACGCACGGCGAAAUAGAGGAUCUGUUCGCCCGCCUGCAGAAGGACUUCCCGAUGCACGCCAAGGUGCACCUAGUAGGAAAGUCGCGUGAAGGACGCAGUCUGAUCGCCCUGCAAAUCAGCCGCGAUGUGAGACAGAGGAAUCUGCUGACCCCCAUGUUCAAGUAUGUGGGGAACAUGCACGGGGACGAGUCGGUCGGCCGCGAGCUUCUCGUACAACUGGCCCUGUACCUGCUGUUCAACUACGACAGGGUUCCGGAGGUCACGGGCCUCGUCAACACCACGGAUAUCUACUUGAUGCCUACCAUGAACCCAGACGGAUUCGCCCGGUCCGAGGAGGGACGAUGUGAAUCGCUUCCAUCAUAUGUUGGACGUUCAAAUGCAGCUGGUAUCGAUUUGAAUCGUGAUUUCCCCGAUCGAUUAGAUAACAAAGUUGAAACUCAAUUGAAAAUCCGUCAACCAGAAACAUUAGCAAUAAUGCAAUGGGUUGUUAAUAAUCCAUUCGUUCUAUCAGCUAAUUUCCACGGUGGAGCUGUCGUUGCAAGUUAUCCUUUCGAUAAUUCAAUCUAUCACCAUGAAUGCUGCGAGGACAGUCCAACACCAGACGAUAAAGUUUUCCGUCACUUGGCCCGUACAUAUGCUCAACAUCAUCCAAUCAUGAAGGAUGGUCGUGAUUGCAAUGAAACAUUCGCUGAUGGUAUUGUUAAUGGUGCAUACUGGUAUGAAUUAAGUGGUGGAAUGCAAGAUUUCAACUACGUCUUCUCAAAUUGCUUCGAAUUGACUUUGGAGUUGUCAUGCUGUAAAUUCCCUCCAGCUAGUGAAUUGCCUAAUGAAUGGAGGAAGAACAAGAGAAGUAUGUUGGAAUACUUGAAACAGACCCAUAUUGGUGUUAAGGGUUUGGUUCAAGAUGUCAAUGGAUAUCCAAUCCGUGGAGCAGAAGUUUUGGUACAAGGCUUGGAACAGAAGCCAAUCAGAACUACUGAAAGAGGAGAAUAUUGGAGGCUGUUGGAACCAGGCACCUACAAUGUCCAGGUCAUCGCUUUCGGUUUCAAUCCCAGUGAAGUGAAACAAGUUACAGUUGUCGGUUCAGAACCAACACGUCUUGAUUUCAGCUUGCGUCCAGUUUCAUCGAAUAAUGACGGCCCAUAUAAACAUGUGAGAGUCGAACGAGCUAAGCCAGACGAAAAUGGAUUUUUAACACCGACGAAAUUCGAGCACCAUAAUUUUGAUAAAAUGGAAAAGUUCAUUUUUGAUCUUGCCGAAUCGUACCCCUCUAUUACGGACCUAUACUCAAUAGGCAAAAGUGUUCAAGAUCGCGAUUUGUGGGUAAUGGAGAUCACCAAAACACCAGGUCAACAUAUACCCGGCAUUCCAGAAUUUAAAUAUGUGGCAAAUAUGCAUGGCAACGAAGUAGUUGGCCGUGAAAUGUUACUUUACCUAGCAAAAUACCUUUGUGAACAUUAUAUGAUAGAUGAACGGAUUACAACUCUAAUCAACACAACGCGAAUGCACUUUUUAUUCAGCAUGAAUCCGGAUGGCUAUGAAAAAUCAAGAGAGGGUGAUAAGUCUUCCGUGACUGGACGAUCCAAUGCUAACAAUGUCGACCUCAACCGAAACUUCCCAGAUCAGUAUGGAGUUAAUAAGUGGAAUGAAAAACAGGAGCCAGAAGUAAAAGCUGUUAUGAACUGGACAUUAUCGAUUCCAUUCGUUUUAUCAGCCAACCUACAUGGUGGCUCGUUGGUGGCAAAUUAUCCAUUUGAUGAUUCUGCAAAGGAUUUCAUGCCAGGAAAUGAUCGAAGAACUUUGUACAAUCCAACAGAUGAUAAUAAAAUUUUCCAAUACUUGGCACGCCUCUAUUCAACUGCUCAUACAACGAUGCACUUAGCAAAACCUUGUCCACUAUUUAUAAAAGAACAUUUCAAAGAAGGGAUUACAAAUGGUGCACAAUGGUACAGUGUUACGGGUGGUAUGCAGGACUGGAACUACGUAAAAGCGGGAGUGUUUGAACUAACCUUAGAACUUGGUUGCGAGAAAUUUCCGGUAGCUGCAAAAUUACCAGAAUUUUGGAAGCAGAAUCGAGAAGCUUUAAUUAAGUACAUCGAGCAAGUUCAUCGCGGAGCAUAUGGAUUCAUAAAGAGUUCUAUUGGGAAUCCUGUGAGCCACGCUAUGAUUGCAAUUGAUGGUAUUAACCAUGUAAGUUACAGUUCAGAGCAAGGAGACUAUUGGAAAUUGUUGUUGCCUGGAAAAUAUAAUCUCACUGUAGUUGCAAGAGGGUUUGAGCCAAAUCGUCAAGAAAUCACUAUACCUGAUGACCCGAACAGCACUUUGCGCCUAGAUAUCAGCUUGAUGAGAGACGAUCCUCAGCAUUGGUCUUCGGCACAUGAUUUUCGAAUUUUGAAGCAUGUUCUGAAGACAGUUUACAAUGAAAAUGAAAAAAUAAAUAGUGAAAUGGCAGAAUUAGCCCAUGAUCAUUUCGAAAUUGCAGCUUACAACUAUAGAGAUGCGGACUAUCAAGUGGAAUAUCCUUCCUUGAAAAUAACAUCAAACCUUGGUUCUCCUGAAGAGACUAAACUACAUAUACUAGUAUUGAGCUCGGUGUUCACUUCAUCCCCCUUGGGCCGUGAAAUGACAAUGAAUUUAGCACGGCACCUAUUAGAAGGAUAUAAAAUACAGGAGCCCCCAAUUAUGCGGCUACUAAAUAGUACUGUUUUUCAUUUCCUGCCUAUUCUCCAAGGGUUUGAUGAAGUCAUGGGACAAUAUGAGAAAAACGAGGCAAUAUGUGAUCCAGUUAUAAGUGAUGAUUUGGCCGAUCAUAUUCUGAGUCCUGAGAGCAGCAACCGUCGAGACUUACUUUUCAAAUUGUUCGAAAGUGAAAAGUUCGAUGCGAUGUUGACUUUCUCCGCUGGAAUGGGAAAUGAAGUGAGCCACCCCAAAGUACGUGAUCUUAACAAAAUUUAUGAACGGUUUACUGAGCAAAUACUACACACGGAAUUCCGUACAAUUUCCCCGAUUUGCUCAUCAAAUCCUGGCCGUUUAAAUCAGAAGAAUUUACUAGAAAGGAUUACAAAUCUGCUCCAAAACUUCUGCCACAUUCCAAUGUACACUUUGGACGUCUCAUGCUGUCGUAUGCCAGAAGAAAAGAUGAUUGCAGAUGUCUGGAAAAGUAACAUCGACAAAUUCCUAAAUUUCUUUCAUCUUGCUGAAACAGGAGUUGAAGGCUUCAUAAGAAACGACCAGGGCGAACCUUUGAGAAAUGCUUAUUUCCAAAUAACUGGCAAUCCACUCGUUUUUAAUGUUACUAAGAAUUUAGCACAUUUCCGCUUAAUGCUACCAUAUGGACGUUACGAACUAGUGUUCCACUGUCACGGUUAUCAAGAAAAACGAGUUCACUUUGUAGUAACUGAAGGAAUCGUAACAAAUUUGGGGCAAAUUACCGUUGUAAAUGGAACUGACGAUGAUGUCUUGAAAAAUCGUGGGGAUCAAGCGGAGAACAUGUUUAUUUAUGGCGAAGAAACUGCAAAUACUUCGAUCACAGGCUAUGUUCUCGAUUGGGCAAAUCAUCCCAUUCACAAUGCUAUAAUUUCCAUUAUAAAGCCCAAACAUCCUCAGACUGCUGUUACUGAUAAUCUAGGAAAGUAUACCUUUACAAAUAUUCCCACAGGCAAUGUGACGGUUAGAGCUGAAGCAAAAGGCCAUUUACCGGCAACGCGAACUGUUAACAUUCCAGCACUUGGCAAAAGUGUAAAAGGGGUCCUAUUCAGAUUGGAAGUGGAUGAAAGUGUUCUUGGACUGCCUAGAUUAGUAUUCAUUAUAUUAGCUGGAAUUAUACUCGUAAUGUUAGUAGUAGGUUGCGCUUUUUGUGUACAAUUGGUUCAAGCAAGAAGCCUACGUGGCGAUAAACCGUACUAUAAUUUCUCAAUGUUGCCGCAACAAGGAAAACUUUUCGCAGAUGAGGACGAAUUAGACGAGGAUGAACUGUUCCGGGCUCCAGUUAAAAAAGGCAUUAAAAAUCAACCAUACUACGAUGAUGAACGUGAACCAAUUGUGGAUACAGAAGACGAUAGUGAAGAUGAAAUUGUGAUGCUCGACAAGAGAAGGGCAGAAUUUUGUGAUUAACUACUACCACAAUUGAGAAUGUAACACUUAUAACAAUUGUGAUUUUGCUUCUUGACUUAUCCAAACGUAAAAAAAAAUUAUUUAUUUACUUGAUCGACGUAAUGUACCACUUGAAAAUCUUAAGAUAAAAUGAGUAGAACCACAGUAAUGACACGAUUAGGAUAGCCAAACUACGUCUUAUUUAGAAAAUGUGAUCAUAUUUUUAUUGUGAUGAAUAUGAGAAAAAACUUAAAGUCAACACAUUCCAUCACAUUUACAUCAUUGCUCUUGUAAAUUUUAAUAAUAGUUUCUUGUAAGGUGCUUUCUAAAAUUUGAAAACUGGGCAAUGUUUUUUUAGAGAAUUACAUGCACGAUAUUAAUAAAGAAUUGCCUUAUUGUGACGCAUCACAACUAGAUUUCGUUAAGUAUAAAGAGAAUUAUAUUUUAAUAUAUUAAAUUGUUAAUAGUCUUAGAUUUUUUCAAUGUUUUGAAUAAACAAUACAAAAAAA